AUGUUCUCACGAUCAAGCAUCGAACGCGCUAGCGUAUUUGUUGCAGGCCUUGUUGUCACGGGCUCCCUUGUUAAUGCUGGGCCUUGCGAUAUAUACUCUUCUGGUGGCACUCCAUGCGUUGCAGCACACAGCAGCACUCGUGCCCUGUACGACGACUACACUGGUGCCCUAUAUCAGAUAUCGCGUGGCUCUGAUGGUGCUACGACCGACGUUACGCCUCUGUCUGCUGGCGGUGUUGCUAAUGCCACUGUCCAAGACUUGUUCUGCGCUAGUACGACUUGCCUUAUAACCAUCAUUUACGACCAGUCCGGCAGCGGUAAUCACCUCACCCAGGCCCCGCCCGGAGGCGCUUUCUCUGGCCCAGAAACCAAUGGUUAUGACUAUUUGGCCAGUGCAAUUGGCGCUCCAGUCACGCUCAAUGGUGAAAAAGCAUAUGGCGUCUUCAUUUCACCCUUCACUGGCUACCGCACUAAUGAUGUCAAUGGCACAUCUAUAGGCGACGCGGCUGAGGGGAUGUACGCUGUCUUGGAUGGAACUCAUUAUAACAACUACUGUUGCUUCGACUACGGAAAUGCUGAGACCAACAGUCACGAUACAGGAAAUGGCCACAUGGAGGCUCUCUACUUUGGAAAUUAUGCUGCCUCUGGUUCGGGUUCUGGUCCUUGGAUCAUGGCCGAUCUCGAAAAUGGGUUAUUCUCUGGCGCCGACCCCAGCAGUAACCCUGCUGACCUAACCAUCUCCGCCCGGUUCGUUACGGCGAUUAUCAAGGGGGAGCCGAACCAGUGGGCGAUCCGCGGCGGCGAUGCUGCAUCCGGAUCGCUGUCGACAUACUAUAGUGGCGCGCGUCCAACCGCCUCUGGAUACAACCCGAUGAGUAAAGAGGGUGCUAUUGUUCUUGGCAUUGGUGGCGACAAUAGCGACAAAGCCCAGGGCACAUUCUAUGAGGGUGUCAUGACCACCGGUUAUCCAUCCAGUGAUACCGAGGAUGCGGUGCAGGCCAAUAUUGUAGCCGCCGGAUAUGCUACUACAUCCCUAACCAGCGGCCCAGAGCUCACUGUUAAUUCCUCCAUCUCGCUGCGAGCCACAACAGCCUGCUGCACCACACGCUAUAUUGCCCACUCAGGCUCCACUGUUAACACCCAGGUUGUUUCGUCCUCUAGUGACGCCACUCUUAAGCAGCAGGCCAGCUGGACGGUCCGUACUGGUCUUGGAAACAGUGAUUGCUUCUCGUUUGAGUCCAAUGACACCCCCGGAAGCUUCAUACGCCACUCCAACUAUAAACUCAUGGUCGACGCUAAUGACGGUAGCAAACUGUUUGGAGAAGAUUCCACGUUCUGUCCACAAAGUGGUCUCAAUGGCCAGGGCAACUCUUUGCGAUCCUGGAGCUAUCCUGCCUUCUAUUGGCGUCAUUACAACGCGCUUGGCUAUCUCGGAAGCAACGGUGGCCCUUAUGACUUUGACGCCACCACUUCAUUCAAUGACGACGUGAGUUUCGUGAUUAGUGCCAGCUUUGCUUGA